CACACAGCUCCACCAACACAGUUACUCUCCAAUCUCGCAGCUCUCACAAAUCUCUCUCCCUCUCUCUCUCUGAAAAUGCAUCUCUCCCACCCCCUGUUCCUCCUCACUCUCUCUCUCCUCUCCACUCUCUCCACCUCCCAGCCAUCUCUCUCCUCUCUCGAGCAAGAAUCUCUCUACCAAGUUCUCGAGUCAAUCAACUCCGACAUCUCGUGGCGCACUCUCUUCCCAGAUGAUCUUUGCUACUCCUCCCCACACGGUGUGGUUUGUGAGUAUUUCACAAUAUCCGGCGCCGGCGCCGGCGACGAGUCCGUUCAUGUGACUGAGCUGAGCUUUGGGUUCGUCUCGGAUUACUCACCGAACCCACCUUGUAAUCGUCACUCCAAGAUCAAUGUACCUGCUCUUUCAGCUUUUAAGGAGCUUAAGAAGCUGCUUUUCUACAAGUGCUUCACUGGAGAUGAAGUUCCGGUGCCGGAAUUCGAGGGGUUUAGUGGGGUUUUAGAGGAGCUGGUGUUCAUCGAAAACCCAUCUCUGGUGGGGCCCUUUAAGGGUGAUAUAAGGAGCUUGAGUAGUUUGAAAAGGUUUGUUUUGAUUGGAAGUGGAGUUUAUGGGUGGGUCCCACCUGGCCUAGGAGAGUUGAGUAGUUUGGAGCAGCUUACAUUUUCAAGAAACAGGUUAAGUGGGGAUAUCUCAGGGGUAAAUGUGUCAAAGUUGAGAAAUUUGAAGGUUCUUGAUUUGAGUUAUAAUGGGUUUUUUGGUAAUUUGCCAGAGUCUUUUGGAGGGUUAGAGAGCUUGUUGAAGCUUGAUUUGAGUUAUAAUGGGUUUCAUGGUGAGGUGCCAAUGAGUUUCAAGGGUUUAAGGAAGCUUGAGUUUCUUGAUUUGAGUUAUAACAGGUUUUUUAACUGUGGGGUCCCUUUGGUUCUUGGAGAAAUGACUUGCUUGACGGAGGUUUAUUUGAGUGGGAAUGAUCUUGGAGGGGAGAUUCCUGAGAUUUGGGAGAAUCUUGGGGGUAUUUUGGGACUUGGGUUGUCAAGAAAUGGACUUAUUGGCCAUAUUCCAGGCUCAAUGGGGGUGUUUUUGAAGAAUUUGUGCUAUUUAGGGCUUGAUAAUAACAAGCUACAAGGGGAAGUGCCUAGUGAGUUUGGGACUUUGGAGAUGGUGAGUGAGUUGAAUCUUGAGAACAAUAGUUUGAGUGGUGAAAUCCCAUUUGAUGCUAAGUUUGUUUCGAAAAUCGGUGGGAAGUUGAAGCUGAAAGGGAAUUCACAACUUUGUGUUGAUCAAGAGCUGAGAGUUGAUGAUCAUUUAAAGCAUUUGAAGUUGUGCAAGAAACCUGAAGUUCCCAGACUUGUGCUUCUUCAUGACAGUGGUUCUUUGGUUGUGCUUGUUUCUCGGGUGGCGAUCGCGAUUUCUUGGGGUUUCAGCUUGUUCUUGAUAAGUUAGGAGAAGGCAGAUAGUUCAGAAACACUGACUAAUGAUAGGAAAAAGAUUGCUAGUAGCUGGUAGUGAUUAGUGAUUAGGAAAAUUAGCUGCAAUUACAGAUAUGUAACUAAAGCUUAACAAUUCCAAAUGCAGAUACAUAUA